UUUCCGCGAUCGGUCGGGUAUAGUAGCGUAUUGAAGGCUUAUGAUGCGGACUACGGCGACAUUCCCUCUAGCGUCAGGGAACUUUGUUUACCUUAGGUUAGGUUACCUACCUGUUUAAAUAUGCUGAUUUCCCUGCAAUGCAAUCAAUAUUUUCUUUUUUAGUAUCAUCGCGUUAAUUAAUUUUAUAUCUUGUCGCUACCAUGGGAGAUAACAAGGCAAAUAUCAACUACACUCUUCAUGUGUACUUUACGCGGUACUCAAGUUGGGGAUCGCGAGUUCAACUUAUCCUUUCAUACUUCAACAUCCCCUGCGACGUCAAGUUUUAUAGCAUGGGCCAUCCAACCGGUGCACCUCCGUCGCGCUUCGCAAAAGGCCUCCUCCCCGCCUUACAGGUAGGCACGGAAGACGAUGAUUUCGUGGUUGAGGAUUCUCUUGCGAUAAGCGAAUUUUUGGCAGAGCAACACCCAGAACUUCACCUAUGGCCGAAGGACCGCAAGCUGAGGGCGCUGGCAAGAACCGCAGCAGCGCAGAUGCAUUCCGGGUUUGGUGAGCUCCGCAAUACAUACGGGGCCAACUUCCUCGGGAAAUACACCGGCAACAUUCCCUCAACAGAGUCUGUCGCAAAGGAGAUUAGGGAAAUGCUUGAGCUGUGGAACAAGGCGCGAGCAGAUACUAAGAAGAGGCUGCACGAGCUUGGUGAAGAGGAUGAAGGAUUUCUAUUCGGCGGGUUCAGCAUCGCUGAUGCCUUCUUCUGGCCUGUUUUAUGGCGUUUCCGCAGCUACCAGUUACCACUGACUGGCAUUAGCGAAGACGGCUUAAAAUGGAUGGCGAAGAUGUGGAACGAUCCAGUCAUGAAAAGCCAGGCCCGAGAGUACUUCCGACAAGCUGAAAAUCCGUUAAGUAGGAUUGAGAAGUACGAGGAUAUCUUCAAAGGCAAUUCCGGUGUUGAGUAUAGCCAGUUCACCAAGGACUGGGAGUUUGACUGGCAGAAAUCAUGAAGUAUAUCAGGUACCUUUAUGCCCGAUCGUUGGCUGUGGCAUCUUGGGACUCCGGACCCAAGCAUUUGUAAUGUCGGGGGGUGGAAUAGCUCCGACUCGGAGAAAUAGCCGUCCCGUUACUACCUACCUGGUCAGUAUCUACCUAGGUACCUUAGGUAGGUUAGGACUCAAGGACUACAACCGGGG